AUUUGAGAGCAUUACAAUUUUAGAAAAUCGUCAACUUUUUAGAAAAUCGUCAACGUUGGUUAUUUUCUCGAAGUGGUUAAAUUUCAAAUUCAUGAGGGAAAUUACUAUGCAUGUGAAUUCAGGAGUACUGAAUGACAGAAUAUCAUGGUUAACAUUAUCCUCUGUGGCAGUCCUGGGUCGAGAAAGUCGGAUAUUGCUCGAGGACUUAUAUCAAAGUAUAAGAAUAGAUUUCAAGACCACAAAUUGAUAGACAACAUCGCUGCCAAAGAGCUUCUUCUCAAUGGUAUUCAUGGACGGAAAGAUUACAACAAAGAUGACAGAAGGUUCAUAUCAGUUCAGGAACAGAUUGUGGAACGUGCUUGCAUCAAGGAAAAGAAGGUGGUGGAAAACAAUAAAGAAUUCAUCACAGCUAACAGCAUCAUUGAUGGGCUAGUGUUGUUGACGGCAUGUUUAGAAACUUACACCGUCGUUGAAACGUUACUUGCAAAGCCUAAUGUUCAAACAACGGUUGAAAGGUAUAGAAACUCAUUGGUGGUACUUUUAAAUCCUGUGAAAUGGCAGUAUGACGACGGUAUUUGUUUGCGAUUAAAGAAAGACGACUGGCUGGUAGUCAAGGGCAUAUACGUUGAAUUGUUUCUGAAGCAGGGAAUUCCCUUUAUAGAUUUGAGGGAAGAGAGUCUAGAUGAAAUAUUGUCUGAAAUCAGAAAGGCGUCUUCUGGUGAAAUACGGAUUGAUUCAGAUAUUGGAAGGUUAUACCAAGAAAAUACAUUGCAAACGGACAGACCUCGAAGACAGGCAUCCAGAAACUUUGAUGAUAACUUGACGAUCCAAAAUAACUUUUCAUUUUUCCUGAGAGUUGACACGCAUAAUAUGCAUAUUAACAUUCCAACAAUCAAACUGAAUGACUGUGAAUACAAACAAGAUUGGACCAAAUUUCCAGUCGAUCAAACAAACAGAUUCAUAUCUCGAUUUAGCCACGAACGAUUGAUUUGUUUGCAUUUUGACAUAAAGGUUAAAUCGAAAACGGCACAGGAACUUUUGAUUAAAGGAGUUAAAGUAAAUGGACAGAAUUACGAGUUUCUUGGAUGCAGUGCGAGUGGUAUUAAAGAGCGGAAAUGCUAUAUGUGGAAAGGGACUCAAUUCGAAGUUAAAGAUAUUCUGAAACAGUGUGGAGAUUUUAACGAAAUUAAAACUGUUUCUAAGUAUUUAGCGCGUAUAAGUCUUUUGUUUUCCACGGUUCAGUUUACAUCUAUCGAAAUCAAUGAUCAUCGUAUAAUAAUGGACAGAGAUAUUGAGCAUGCUGGUUAUGUCUUCUCAGACGGAUGUGGAUCGAUUGGUAGAACGCUAGCCAAAGAGCUUGUGACACAGCUUAGAGAUAAGCCAUUGGACUCAAACUAUGUUCCAAGUGUUUUCCAGGUCAGAUUUCAAGGUUACAAAGGGGUUCUGGCCAUCGAUCCUUCCAUAGACGCUGACUCAAUUUUAGUGCGCCCUUCAAUGAAGAAAUUUGACACUAAUAUGUUUCCAAAAUUGGGUGUUUGUGGAUUUUCAAAACCAUACACUUUUGGACACCUAAACAAGCAAUUCAUUCAACUGUUGUCGUCUUUGGGUGUUCCUGAUUGUGUAUUUGAAUCGAAACAACGUGAAUAUCUUGAUGAUUUGAAAAAUAUAUUUUACGACCCCGAAAAGGCGAUACGCAUUCUGCAGUGGCAAAACAUGUUUGAAAUAGCACAGGAGAUAUUACAAGCGAAUGGUAAUCAAAGUGUCUGGGAACAAGCAAAUGUAACGAAAACUCUCAGAAACCUGCAAACACGACUUCUGACUAAAGUUGAAAAGUUGAAUAUAAUUGUACCAGAAUCCAGAAACCUAUAUGGCGUUUGCGACCAGUCAGGAACACUUGCCUACGGACAAUGUUUCCUUCGAGUAACAAUAGGUGGUAAACCUGUGACAAUAUCCGGCCAAGUUGUUGUUUGUAAAAAUCCGUGUUACUUACGGGGUGAUGUUAGGGUGUUAACAGCAGUCAGUUACCUUAAUUCGCAAAUUUCGGCGGCGAGAAAUCUGGACCAUCUAGUUGAUUGCAUUGUAUUUCCAACGGAAGGUAUACGCCCUCAUGCAGACGAAAUCGCUGGUUCAGAUCUUGACGGCGAUCAGUUCUUCGUGGCAUGGGACCCGGAAAUUAUUCCUGAGGAAGUUAGGCCACCGUAUGAUUAUCCAUCUGUUGAAAGGCGGCCUGAAGGAACUAUUACACCUGAAAAGAUCUACAGUUACUUUACCAAGCAAAAUGAGGUCCAAAAAAUGAUGGGACGAGUUGAUAAACUGUUUAACAUGUGGGCCGACAGAAAUGGCGUUGGUUCAGUUGAAUGCGAACGCUUGGGACAGUUGUUCUCAAGAGUUGUCGAUGCAAGUAAAACAGGCGAUUUAGUUGAAAUACCAAAAGCGCUGUGCACAGUGGAACCAGUGUCAGAAAUAGAUGCUGCGAAGACUUACGUCUGGGUAAGGAUGAAACUAUCUGCAUCUGCGCUAAAGGACGAGUUCAAAUCACGGACAAUUACAGAGCCCAAUCUAAAUAUGGAAAACAUUUCGGAUGAAUUUAUAUACGACAUGGCGUAUCAAGCUCAAGGAAAUAUUACCGAAUGCGACAAAUUUACCUUUUUGUUUAGGUAUUUAACUUCAACGACACAAUUACCCGAUGAGAUUAUUGAAUGCUUUUUAGAUUUGUACGGAAAUUCCAUUAAUUUUUCACUAUUCACUACCGCUGAGAAACAAAUAGCUAUUGAGUCGGGAAUACCAGUGCAAAUUGUUAUGAACGCCCUUAACCGAUCUUGUAUUUUACGUCAUGAAGAAUUAAAGUUCUUUGAAAUGGAUCGUCCGUCCAAUGCUUGGCAUUUCAUAGCUUAUUUAGACGCUGUUGAUUUUCGAUGGGAAUAUAUUAAAUACACGCUUACAACAAACGAAAAAUCACUUAUUGUAUUUCGUUUACAAGAUGAUGUCAUCUUCGAACUUCAAGUGAUUGGUAAAUUGGUGGAGAACAAAGAACCGGAGAAACUGAAUGGGGGAAACAUAUCCGCAGUGUUGUACUCAAGACAUUUCGGUUACAAGCGAAAAUACAUUUUGGGAAAUGAAUACUGGUUGGAUUUUUCCGGCCACACGUUGCAACUGUACCGGGAUCAAGAUCGAACAAAAACGUUUAUUUGGCUACAGGGCGUUACUAACUUGUUUGUGAGCGAAGAUGAACGUACGCUCAAUAAUAAGUCAUCGCCUUCACAUCCCACCAGUAGAAGUCGUGCACAAAUUCAAAACAAGGUACGCAACGCCAUAAGUGUUGAUCUACAACGGUUUGACAGACGAAUAUUCAAUUCAGCCAGAAAACAUCCCAAGGUUAACAAAAUGGAAUGGGUUGAAAUAGAAAUAUACGCUCAAACCGAAGCGAACGAGUGUCCGUAUUUGGAUGUUUAUCAAGUAAAUGAUCUGCUUCCUGUCAAAGAAGAAGACGAACCUGAGACCAUGUCGGCUCGUGAAGAUGACGAUACAAUUUAUCUUUUAUUUAAAGAACAUAUGCAUGCAGGCGAGGAUUGCACUUCGGAAAAUAUGUUCGUUCGACUUUCAGAAGCUGCUUCAAAGGGCGAUUUCUUUUGUUUUCUUGAAACAUUGAAAGCUGCCCCGAAGUACCAAUCCUCUGAAGUGGUACAUGCUUUCAGUAGUCUGCUACAAAACGUGCUGCAGAUCAUAGCUCCAGUAACUUUGACUGAGGAUUUCAGUGUGUGUUUGGCCGAAAUUUUUGAUCACAUAAAGGACAUACUAUUUCUGAAUGAACCACACGUAGUGCUGAUUAUAUUUGCAAGUUUAUGUCGCUUGGGUUUUGACCCCAAAGUUAUGGUGUCCGUCUUUGAUUGUUGCAUCAGUCCUUGUACGUUACAGGACUUCUUAACUGUUGUUGAGAAAUGGGAAUGCUUUUACUUUUUAGAUCAUCAGCUCUCGGUUGCUUUUCUUGAACACCUGGUGCUGUGCAUUAAUAUGGAUUGUGAAAAUAAAGUCAGUUUUGAGCGUGACGUGCAUGAUUAUAUCGUUCGAUUUGGUCAAUUGCAUGUUAUUCAUUUGCUUGGGGAGAUUCAUGCAUGUAGAGAGCUGUUUAAAGAAGAAGAUUCAUCGUCCAAUCAAAGUUGCAUACGGAAUUUAAAAUUUGACCGAACGGCUGAUUCAGAGGAUGGAGUCCUUUCAAUGUACCGAACGGGCGCGUUAGAUUCAACAACUCGUAUAACAAGAGGGCAGUUUGUUGCCAUCAUGCGACAAUCGUACGAUAAAGACCCUGAAAAAAGACGAGUGUGCUGCUUAGCGCAGGUCAUUAGUAUUUGUGUUGCACCUUUAACACUUACUCUGAAAAUCGAAGGGAGUAUACCUCACGUUGUCACUCGGUCCAUGCAAAAUAAUGAAGUGCGUUUCUGGCGGGUUGAGCUCAUUGGAAACAUUGUCACAUAUUUACGCGUUGUGACGUCUAUGAAAAGUCUUAUCGGAGGCAGUGAUUCCCUACCCGAGGUCUUUAAGUGUAUAACAAGUCCAGCAGGCUUUGAGACGACUCCAAGCAUAGCGGGUGUUCCGAUAAGUGCUCCGAUAGAGUUUGCGGUAGAUGUAAGACAAAUAUUACCAUCAGGUCACGAAACAACUAUAUAUUCCCGAACUCCAAGUACACCUAGUGUUUCUAUAGAAACUGAAUUGAAUGUUAGUCAGACAUAUGCCGUAAAUCAGGCUUUAUUGAAUCCAGUAACCCUUAUCCAAGGUCCGCCGGGGACUGGAAAGACUAAAGUCGCAUGUCACAUUGUUAAAGAAGUCUUAAAGAAAGGAGGAAUAAAACCGAUUCUUGUUGUGGCUGAAACCAAUGUUGCCGUUGAUAACAUAACACGGCGAUUACAAAACGAAGUUUUUCUUGUUCGGAUAGGACCUGCGGAGGGCAUAUCAUGUGAUCUGUAUGACCUUUCAUUAGAAGGACAGGUUAAACGUAUUGCUGAACGCGAAGCGAAGAAAGAUGUCAUUCGGGAUGCAGAAGGAUUAUUUCAUAGAAAUACUAGACUUAUCAAUUUAGUUUUGUCUAAAGCUGAUGUUAUACUCACCACAUGUGCAGGCGCUGGGGACAAGUGUCUUGAGAAUAUGAAUUUCUCGUUCGUAUUAGUAGACGAAGCAACGCAAACACUCGAAACAACAAUUCUUUGUUGCUUAUCUCGAGGUAUGAAACAAAUGGUAAUGAUUGGUGAUCCUGUUCAACUUGGUCCGACUAUAGUUGGUACUGGAUAUUACUCAAGUCCCAACCUAUAUACUUUGAAUGACUUGAAACGCACCUUGUUCCAUAGGCUUUAUGAAUGUCGUUUAGCUCCAAUCUGUUUCUUGGAUACGCAGUACCGUAUGCACUCUGAAAUAGCACGAUUUCCUGCGUCGGAGUUUUACGGCAACAAACUUAAAACACCCGAAACUGUAAAUAAGCGAACGGCAAUAGUUUUCCAAUGGCCCAAAUCUAACACACCUCUGUGCUUUGUAAAUGUUAAUGGAAUUGAGAAACGAAGUGGAACAUCGUAUUGCAACAUGGCGGAAGCACAAACUGUGUCAACAAUUGUCGACAUGUUUUUGAAUGACGUUGAUGAAGAAAAGGAUAGGGAAAAGAGAAUCGGUAUUGAACAAAUUGGUGUAAUAACACUUUAUAGGGGACAAGUAGUGGCUUUGAAAAAUGCUGUUAGGAAAGGCGUGAUGAUAAGUACCGUCGACGGGUUCCAAGGCCAAGAGAAGGAUCUAAUCGUCGUAAGUACGGUUCUGAAUAAUGACAAUGGACAUAUUGGGUUUGCUGGAGACCCAAACCGGAUUAACGUUUUGCUGACAAGGGCAAAGCGUGCACUUGUCAUUGUGGGUAGUAAGAAAACACUAAACAAUUCUGCGCUUUGGUCUAAGUGGAUUGACCAAGCACCCGUUUUUUAUUUGAAAGCCUGUUAGUAGGAAACCAAUUUGACUUGUUUUUACAACUGCAUAAUUACAGAAAUUCAAGAACUAUAGAAAAUGAUAUAAAUAAUUUAAUGGUGUUAUGUAGUUUUUCGUAGUGCUAUUUCCAUGGGUUAGUGUUGUCGUUUUAUACGUGCCGUUUUCAAAUGAAUUGUAAAUAGAUAGUUUUAUAUAUAUGUUUUUUGCACUCUUAAUCAUUGUUAUGUAUAAUCUUUAUUUACGAGGCAAUUUCCCGUGUACAAUCUAUAAAAAUGAUUAUUGAUGUAGUGUACAUGCGCGCGCUGAUACUUUCUCAGUAUGUGUGAUGUGAAUAUGUAUUAUCCACUAGCUUCAUGACUAUGUACUCCAGGUCAUUUAUUAGCAAGUAUUUAAAGUCUUCAUAAACGACUGAUUUGUUCAGUAAAUGUUAUAAAUUAAAUUUCCUCAAUUUGUUGCGCAUAUUCGAAUAUCAUUAAAAUGUUAUUUUUGAUCUUUAUACGGUGAUUAACGUAUAAUGUGUUAUGUUUGCUAAAUAAUGGAUGGUCAUUAUUCGUGUAAUUGUACUCACAGAACAGAAUACUUACCUUUUCAAUAUGGAAAUUAUGUUUAUAGAAUGUAUUUUUUUGUGUUCGGAAAUUGAGGAAAUUGUAUGGAUUAAAAGUAUUUUUUGUUUAUUUUUACAGGAAUAUGUUAAAAACUUAAACGUGAUGUUUCGGCAUCAAGGAAGUGUUACGGGAAGGAAUAUUAUUAUUAUUACUAUUAUUAUUAUUAUUAUUAUUAUUAUAUUAUUAUUAUUAUUAUUAUUAUUAUUAUUAUGAAUGUUCAAUAUUUAAUUUCUAAAUUGUACAAGUUAGCUAGGUGCAUGUUUUAUUGUUGUGAAGUGUUGAUUAUAUCUUCAGAAUAUAUAUUCGUUUAUAUAUGGAUAAACUAUGGUAUAUGAUUGUUAUGAUUUCUUUUAACAGUGACGUUAAAUUAUUAAAAGCACAGAGAGUUUAACAAUCUUACGCACAUGCUCGAAUGAAUUUCGGAACGUUUAUAAUUCUUAUCCUAAAUUUUCUUAUCGAUUUAUAUAACAUUUUUUUUUAUUAACAAACAAAAAUGUGUGAAGUUUAAUUGAUAUAAUUAAUAUACAUGAAAUAAACACCGUCCUGAUUAAUUGAAUUACUCUUGUUAAUGGUCUCGAUUACAAGAGUUGUAUUUUUUAUAUUUGCAUCAAUAUUUAGUUUUCGUGUAACAGAUGUUGGUAUUCUAUUUAUGUGUAUUAUGUAAAUGUUGUCUAUAUAAUAAUACGUGGCCCAGUUGCUAUUAUUUACGUAAUAUGUUGAUAAAGAUACCGUACAUAUAUCGUGCAUAUGUUAAUAUCUGGUCUAGGUCUGUCAAAUACAGUGUAAACCUUACAUUUACAGCAAACAUAUGUGUAAUCAACAGAAUACCAGUGAUAUUGAGCUAAACUACAUAUACGUCAUUAUGCUUUACCUUAUACCUAUUAAACUUGAUAAUUAUUGAUAGAUCGUCGGCUCAACCCCCUUGACCAAUGAAUUUCCAGUCUUAAGUCCCAAUAUUGCUUUUCGACGUUUACAAUAUGAUUUUAAAGUGUGUUAAUUAAAUUGAUGCCUUAAAGCUACUCUUAAAAUUGUCAGAUACUAAAUAUAAAUGCAUUUAGCAGAAAAAUUGUUUCAGAUCUUUGAAAAGUUAUGUUAAUUAAUUUAACAUUGAAGAUGAUUUAUCAAAUUUAAUGAUUGUGUUUGGUGUUGAUGAAAACUGACUGUUCGCGAUCAAAUUUAAUGAUUUUGUUUGAUUUUGAUGAAAACUGACUGUUCGCGUAAAUUUUGACGCACUGACAAAAUAUUGAUAUAUUUUAUGAUUUGUAUAACUUCGAUAGUUUUUCAUUUAAAUUAAUAAGUGUAAGACGGUUUUUAACAUAGUGCUUGUUUCAAUGACAAAAUGUAUAAAUGUAUUAUAUUUACGUAGUAACUUUGUGUUGUUGUUGUAUUUUCAUGAGCUGUUGUGUAUAAAAACAUUUAUAAAAACA